AUGACCAUUUCAGCGACUCAGUGGGGUUCCCCGACCGCUACCAGACGGGCUUUUCUCAUUCAUGGCAUUACUAUGUCAUCGAAUUCCUGGGAGGGUCUCGCACAGCUAUUGGUGGCAGAAGGAUUUUUUGUUGUAGCACCGAACCUCCUCGCCCAUGCAUGGAGGCGGGGCAAUACCGACUACCGUAUAUCUGCUUUUGCAGAGGACCUUCGACCAUAUUUCGUCAUGGACACAUCCUACGACGUAAUUAUCGCUCAUUCUUUUGGAGGUGCAGUGGCAGUAUCUCUACUGCCAUUCUUACCCAAAAAGAAAGAAACUACUGUUAUCCUCCUUGACCCUGGCCUCGAGUUUACAGAGGAACAGAACAAGAUGAAUUUAAAUCAGUUUCUAAAGGAAACGGCGAACAUUAAGCCCAUCGAUGUGCACAUGGCUAAAAAUCCUGCUUGGUCACGCCGUGACUGUAUGUUAAGAACGCAGGGAUUCUCCAUGUGCGAUCGCACGGCCGUCGAAAUUUUUCGGCAAAACAGUCCUUGGUCUCUUGGGGACCUGCUCAGAAACGUCUCUCCUCACGUGAAGAUCACCGUGCUUGUGUCAGACCCAAAGUGCGGCGUCGGUAUCUGUAAUUCGGAACACAUCCCUUGUGACGUGGAGAGGUUGACUGUUAGAGCUCUUACCGGUAUCGGUCACUGGAUUCAAUACGAGUGUCCAGAUGUUAUCAUGGAUGCAAUUCCGCUACCAAGGGCAAGAUUAUGA